AUGGGUAAUACAAUUGGAGUUAGUGUUUCCCCACCUCAAUUAGAUGAUUUAUUUAAAGUACAUGACCUUAAAUCUUUUCAAAAUUCAACAAUAACACCAAAUUUAAAUACAACCAAUACAAAACUUAAAAAUACAAUAACAACAACGACUACAACUACAACGACAACAAUUAAUAAUUGUAAUAAUAGUAAUAGCAGUAGCAGUAACAGUAGUAAUAAUAGUGUUAGUAGUAGUUGUAGUAAUAAUAAUAAUAAUAAUAAUAAUAACAAUAAAAAUAAAUGUAAAAAUAGUCCACUUGUAGUUUCAAUACCAACAACCAUAAUAAAUCAUAAUAUUCAUCAUCAUCACCUUUUUAAUAAUAUAAAUAAUAAUAAUAAUAAUAAUAAUAUUAAUAAUAAUAAUAAUAAUAAUAGUAAUAUUAGUAGUAAUAGUAAUAGUAAUAGUAAUGGAGGUGGUAGUAGUUAUAGUAAUUUAGUUACACCAACAUCAACACCAAUAGCCGAAAUAUUUGGGUCUUAUUUAUUUAUUUGGAAGGUUUUAGUGGAUCAAAAUAGUGAUUCAAUAAUACAAUUUCAAUCUGUAGAUUUACUUCAUUAUAAAAAUUAUAAUCAAUCGGAAUGUUAUAUAAUUUUACAUGUUUUUAAUUCAAAUCAAAAUAAUGUUAAUAAAUCAUAUAUAUCAUCACCUAGAAGUUUAAAUAAUAUUUUAUCACAUGAUCCAUUAUUUUCUUAUUUUGAUUCAAAUAAUAAGCUAUUACAUGAUUUAUAUACAUGGAAUGGUAAAAAUUCAGAUUCAUUAUCACGUGCAUUUUGUUUAUCAAAAGCACUUGAAUUUUCAAAAGCACUAAAGUUUAGUGAGAGUCUUGCUGUAAAACAGUCGCCAUCAUCUUCUUCUUCAUCAUCACCUUUAUUAUCACCAACAUCUUCAUCUUCAUCAACUACAUCAUUAUCCUCAUCAUCUUCUGCAUCUUUUUCAUCAUCAUCAGCAGCUUCAUCAUCAUUACAACCACAAACCAUUUCAGAAUCAUCUUUUUCAUCAUUAACAACCGCUGCUAUCACUAAUAAUAAUAAUAAUAAUAAUAAUAUUAAUAUUAAUAUUAAUAAUCAUAAUAAUAUUAAUAUUAAUAUUAAUAAUCAUAAUUAUAAUAAUAAUAAUAAUAAUAAUAAUAAUAAUAAUAAUAAUAAUAAUAAUAAUAAUAAUAAUAAUAAUAAUAAUAAUAAUAAUAAUAAUAAUAAUAUUAAUAAUAAUAACAAUAAUAAUAACAAUAAUAAUAAUAUUAAUAAUAACAACACUCAAACUACAUCAUACGACUCGAAUAAAUAUUGGAAAUUACCAAACAAUUCCUCUCAAAUUAUACAAAAAUUAUUUGAAAAGAGGAUUGGUGUAAAUAGUAAUCUUAAUAGUAAUAACAAUAUUGAUUAUUUAGUUGACAAUAAUAAUAAUAAUAUAAAUAAUAAUAAUAGUAAUUUUGUAAAUUUUUCGCCAAUAUCAAAUUAUUUUAUUGAUAAUGAUUUCAGUUUAUUUGAUGGAGAAUUAAUACCCUUUGAAAAUUCAAUUCAAUUUCAAAGUGAAGAUGGUGAUGAUUCAAUACCAAAUAAAAAUUUUUUCAAUUUUUGUAAACAUUUUAUAAAAAAUAAUUUUCAACCAACAUUUUUAAAGACAAAUUUUAAUAUUAAUACCUUUUGUAAUAAUAAUCAAGAUAAUAAUAAUAAUAAUAAUAAUAAUAAUAAUAAUAAUAAUAAUAAUAAUAAUAAUAAUAAUAAUAAUAAUAAUAAUAAUAAUAAUAAUAAUAGUCAAAAUAUAACUAAUAAUGGAAAUAAUAUACCAUCUUCUGUUCAGGUUAUAACUCAACCAUCAACUAUUUUAAAUAUAAGUAAUAUAUUUGUUAAUUUAAAAACAAUCAAUCAGUAUAAUCAUAGCAAUAAUGAUAACAAUAGUCAAAAUAACCAAAAUAAUAAUAACAAUAAUCAUAACCAAAACAAUAAUAAUAAUAAUAAUAAUAAUGGAAAUAAUCAUAAUAAUGGAAAUUUUAAUAGUAAUAACUCUAACUUUAGUAAUAGUAAUAAUUAUAAUAAUAAUAAUAAUAGUAGUGGUGAUGAUAAUAACAAUAACAAUCCAAAUAACCUGAACAAUUUAAAUAAAAAAGAUGAGAGCCAAAGCAAUACUGUUAAAAAGAAAGAAUCAUCACAACCACCUUCCCCAUCCCAACAACAACAACAACAACAACAACAACAACAACAACAACAACAACAACAACAACAACAACAACAACAACAACAACAACAACCACCAUCACUGCCAAUCACUAAUGGUGAUAAUACAUCAAUAAAUACAAAACCAUUGUUUGAAGUAUUAAAGAAACUUUCAUUCUCUCCACCAACAUCACCCUCAUCAUCAUCGUCUUCGCCAUCCCCAUUAUUUUUACCAAUACCAAUAGCUGAUUCUAAAUCUGGAUCAACACAACCGCAACAUUCACCAACUAAAACAAUUAAUGUAACAUCAUCCCCACCACCAACAACUACCACAACAACAACAACAAUAAUACCAAAAAUCCAAAUUCCAAAAGGUAAGAUUCCAUCCUUAUCUUUACCUUUACAACAGCCAAUAACACAGCAUCAAGAACAACCACCACCAUCAUCAUCAUCAUCACAAGAACCAAUACAACAAGAGAAAUUAAUUAAACCAAUAAUGGUUCCAAAACUCUCAUUAAAUUUAUCAAAUACUAAAUCAAAUGGUAAUGGAGUAUCAUCAUCAACAACAACAACAACCACAACAACUUCAACAAAUAAUCAAAUAACAAAUGCUUCUAAAAAAGUAGUACCCUCAUUAAACUUUGGUAAGCAAAUGUCAAUGUCAUCAAUGCCAUUACCAUCAUCAUCAACAUCUUCAUCCUCAUCAUCAACAACCACGACCACAACUACAACUACAAAUAACACAAAUUGGGUAAAGAAAUCAUUAAAAUUACCAGAUUUAAAUUCUUUAAGAAUUACUCCACCAUCAACUCCUAGAGGUACCAUACCACCAAAUUUAAGUCAUCUUAAUAGUUAUCACAAUAAUAAUAAUAAUAAUAAUAAUAUAAUGAUACCACCAAGUGUCUCACAUAGAAUUGAUCAAUGUCAAGAAGAGUUCCAACAUUUAUCACAAAAAGAGUUAAUAUUAUUUUUUGAACCAACAUUGAAUAGAAUUGUUGAUGAACUCUAUUUAGGUAGUAGAAUACCAGCAUCCAACCUACAAUUGUUAAAGGGUGAAGGUAUAACACAUAUUCUAAAUUGUGCGGGUAUGGUUUGUCCGAAUCAUUUCCAAGACCAUUUCGUUUAUAAAACUUUAUUCAUUAGUGAUGGCAAUGGAGAGGAUAUUAGUUGUUUAUUCUAUGAGAUUUUAGAUUUCAUUCAAGAUGCAACCAAAACCAAUGGUAAAGUUUAUAUUCAUUGUCAUCAAGGUAUCUCAAGAAGCUCAGCAUUCGUUAUACUCUAUCUAAUGUGGAUCAAUAAAUGGAGUUUUCAACAGGCACACGAAUUCACCAAAAAGAGAAGAUACAUUUCAAAUCCAAAUCCUGGUUUCACUGGUCAACUAAUGUAUUGGAAUAAAUUUCUAUUGAAACAUCUUCAACAUCCCUCUGUGAAGGAGCAACCACUACUCUAUAGAAUGGUUCAACUAUUGGAUGGACUAAUAGUACCAAAAAGAGUUCAAACCGUUUCCUAUCUUUCAUUGGAUGCACGUUGUUGUUUUAUACUUCGUGUGACCGAUUGUAUCUACAUUUGGAGUGGUGAAGGCUGUGUUGGUAAAUUGGGUGACUUAUUUUUGGAAUCUGCCAAACUUGCCAUCUCAAGAUUUCAACGCUACGAAAAUGAUUCAACCAAUAUUAUCGAACUUCGACAAGGUCAUGAAGAUGAUAAGUUUUGGGAUCACCUUGGUGGUGAAGGUGGUGUUGGUUUAGUAUUUGCAUAUGAUAAAGAUUUUAAAACUCAACAAUAUAGUAUCUCUGAUUUUAUAAAUAAUCAUAAUGGUACAACAAAUAAUAAUAAUAACAACAAUAAUAAUAAUAGUACUACAACAACUACUACUAUAACAACUACAACAACAACCGAACAACUUGUAAAUAAUAAUAGCAAAAAUAAUAAUAAUAAUAAUAAUAAUAAUAAUAAUAAUAAUAAUAAUAAUAAUAAUAAUAAUAUUAAUAAUAGUAAUGGAAAUGGUAAUGGUAGAGCAUAUCUAUACCGUUUCAUAAAAGAAGAAAAUUCAUGGGAAGAAUAUGAUGUAUUUGAUUGUGAAGAUUUAGCUGAUGAUGGUUUAUUUAUUUUAAUUUCAAAAUAUGAUAGGAUUUUAUAUGUUUGGAUUGGAAAAGAUAUAAAUUAUACUCAAUUUUAUAAUAGUUUUAUUAAAAAUAAUGAAAACAACUUUAAUAACAGUAAUAAUGAAAUUAAUAACAUCAACAAUAAUAAUAAUUGUGAUCAAAAAUUGUUAUACAUCAAUGAAGAUGAAAAUAGUUUGGAAAUUAAAAAAGAAAUUGGAAAUUUUAUGGCGAAUCAAUUCAUCCAAAAUAAUAAUCUCAAUAAUUUGAAAUUUUCAAAUACCAUAAUCAUUACUCAUGCCUCACAAGAAACUGAUGAUUUUCUUGAUAAUUUCUAUUAA